AUGGAGUCGGCGGCGAGCUUCGUCGAGGAGUUGGAGCUGCUGACGAAGACAGUACUCGAUGGACCUUCGGUUUCGGCUGUUCAGAGGAAGUUCAGGGACCAGUUGGCUGCUUUCGACAAGGCGUGGUGCGCGUACCUCUACCGCUUCGUGGCGUGGAAGGUGAAAGACGCGACGUUGCUGGAGGGAGACCUUGUCAGGGCCGCGUGCAAGCUCGAGCUGUCGAUGAUGCAGACGUGCAAGUUGACCGCGGACGGUCGGUCGCCGAGCAGGCUCACCCAUGACAUGAAGGCGAUCCAGCGACAGGUCGCCGAUGACCAGAAGCUCCUGCGUGAGAAGGUUCACCUACUGAGCGGCGAUCCUGGUGUCGCGCGGAUGGACUCUGCUCUUUCGGACACCAGGUCGAAGUUCUUCGAAGCGAAGAAGGAUGCAGGUCCAGUACAGAAACCUGUCGCAGACGACGUAUCUGCCCCUGCCUUGAGCAUCAAUUCAUCGUCAGGUAGUUCGUCACCAUCACCAGUGAAGCAGCCGACAGAGAACGAGAGAAAGGUGAAUGAAAUGCUUCAUCAGGACGACGGCGGUGCUUUCGCUGGGAAAUCUGACAGUGCUGCUGGUCCUGCUGCCGAUGCCGAGAACGCUUUCCAGGAGAAAGUGAGGGAAACCAUGGAGAAAGCGUUCUGGGAUUUGGUCACGGACUCCAUGAGAGGAGACAAACCUGAUUACAGCCAGUUGGUCAGACUAGUCAAGGAAGUCAGGGACUCAUUGCACGAGUUGUCUCCCAAGGAGUGGAAGGAGGAAAUCCUUGAGAAAAUCGACGUCGAAAUUCUGUCUCAGGUACUCGGGUCAGGUUCCCAGGACGCACAAUACUUGGGGCAGAUCUUGCAGUAUUCGCUGGGCAUGGUGCGCAGGCUCUCCGCUGCGGCGAAGGAGGACCAGAUGAAGAAAAGCCACGACAAGCUGCUGACCGAGUUGGCUGCGAGCUCUGAAGCUGAUGCCGACGGCACCGCUACCAGCUCAUUCGUCGUCGAUGCCGUCAAGGGCCUGCGUUUCGCCCUGGAGGAAAUAAAGGAGCUGCAAGCAGAAGUGAGCAAGGCGCGUAUCCAGAUGGCGUUGCAACGGAUCAUACAAGGUUCUACGGGCGUGGACUACCUGCAGAACGCUUUCGGCGAUCGCUACGGGCCUCCUGCCAGUGCAGGAGCUUCCCUCCCUCUGACCGUGCGAUGGAUUUCGACGUCGAAGAACGUCGCCCGACAAGAGUGGAGGGAACAUUUAGGCUCUGUUUCAGUUGUGCCAUCAGCAGCCCUCGUUCCGGUACUCCGAGCUGGCCAUGGGGCUGCCGUACGCCAGCCGUCUUCUUCUUCGCCUGCAGCUGCAGGAGGCGUUUCUGGGCAGCCAGAGUGCAAGGGUGACGAGCUUGACAAGCUGAUAAGGAUUGGCCUGUUGCAGCUUGUUAGCAGCGUAGAGGGCUUGCAAAUGCAGUCGACUCCUGAGAGCUUCCAGAUUAAUUUGAUGAGGUUGAGGGCCUUGCAGAGCCAGUUCCAACAAGUCAUCGUGAUAGCUACAAGCAUGCUCAUCCUGCGUCAGGUUCUGAUGGGCGAGAGCUCAAAGGCCACGGCUCAGGAACUGGAUAACGCCACCGCAGAGCUCUUCAAGGCUCUCGUGAAGAUGCUGGACGCCUCCCCUGACGCCGGCGCCGAAGAGAUAGUGGAGGCGAUGAUGAGCGCGUCGGCGGCGGUUGGCUCACCAUCGGAAGAAGAGAAGAUCCAGGGCAGGAGGCAGACGACCGCCCGGGUGCUCCUCAAGAGCCUCCAGCCCGGCGACGUAGUCUUCAAGAUGGUCUCCAGGGCCGUCUUCUGCGCCUUCCGCGGCGUCGUCCUCGGUGGCAGCGGCCACAAGGGCCAGAAGCUGGCUGACGCGACGCUGCGCCGCGUCGGCGCGGCCAGGCUCGUCGAUAGGGUGGUGAAGGCGUCCGAGGUGCUGAUCAAGGUGGCCACGGUAUCAGGGAUGGUCCAUGGCCCGUGGUACAAAGCUCUUCUGUGA